AUGAACUCAUUGUUUUUCGUUACCCUUUUUUUUUUUUCUUUUACGUCUCUCUCUCUCUUUCCGUGUGUGUGUGCGUUCUCCUUGUAUUUCCUUUUAUUUCCUUCCCACUCUGCUGGUUGGCCCUGUCACCUUUUUUUUUUUUGUGUGUGUGUGUGUCUGUGUCUUUACCCGUUCGUCAUUAUGAAUGGGUGCUCAACUUUUCUACAUCUUGUGACAAAUUUUAUCUUUUCUUCUUGCUGCCUUUUUUUUUUUUUUUUUUUUUUUUUUUUGGUACCAUCAUACACACACACACAAACACACACACCGAAGUAUAUUUACGGUAAUAUCAUUAAAAAGGAUUCCCAGAAGCAAGUAAAAGGAAUGCAGGCCAAUACAGGAAGUGUUCCGGAGCACGCCCCUCCAAUUUGGGGAGUAAUGAAGGAAUUGCAGGAAGGCUUUAACGGCCAUCAAUGCUCUUUGCCCUAUCUUCUUAACAUUGCGCAGAACCUUCAACGCACUCUUGAGGAGACACGCCAUCUUUACAACAACGCAAUCAAGCAACGCGAUGAGGUUCGCGCAAAACUUAUUGCGGUGCAGAAUAGUCUGGCGGCUGUGGAGCGAGUUGUCAGUCAGUAUGCCUCUGUCAAGGAUCCCGUGGUUGCCUCGGAUGGCUUUACAUACGAGAAUGUUUCAAUCCGAGAAUACUUGCGGGAGUGUGCUAGCACCAACACCAAAGCGUAUUCGCAACUUACAAAGGAGGAGCUGCUAGAUGUGGUGGUCCCCAAUCAAACACUGCGCCGUCUUGUUCACAUGUUGCAGUCGGUUCGAACCACCGAGGUACCUCCCAUAACGCAGCGUCGUCCCAUUCCCCCCUACACGCCUCAGCAGGGUGAUGCGAACUGGAAAGGCAACAACAUGGCCAACAGUGGUCCCAACAACGGCAACGGCCUGAACUGGGCGGAUGAAGAAGCCAACCCAGGAUCAACGCCUAUCCGUGUGGCGGAGUUGGAGGCGACUCUUGCGAAGGCAGCUAAUGCUGGCAGUCUCAAUGCUUCCCAAAGCAGCAAUGUUCUUCCCCCCACCGUCCCUACCAAUAACAGCAGCAGCAACAAUAACAACAACAAUACCAGUAACAACAACAACAACAACAACAACAACAGCACGCUGGGACGACGGUGGGAAACACGGCAGCAGCAAGCUGCGGGGCACGGCAACAAGAAUUCCAAUAAAAAGCACCCUUGCCUACGUGUAUACGGUCAUUGCAACUUCCUUGAGGAUUGUACCUUUGCGAACUACCCAUAUGAGGCGUGCCUAAACUACAUCAAGGGCAAGUGCCGUUUUGGUCAGCACUGCAAGGAGCUGCAUGUGACCUCCACGCAUUCUCGCUAUCCAGGACAGCGCAAAGGCAGCAACAACAAUCAACAAGCUAACAGUGGCGCCACGCCUGCCCAGGCGGAGGAAAAGGAAAUCAAUGUGAAAGAGAAGCGAGCCACGAAGGAUAAGGACAGCAGCAAAAAUAGCAGCACAAAGGGGGAAACAAACAGCAAGGAAGGCGUUGAAGAACGGCAGGAAGCAAAGCCAACUCCAACAAUGGCACCGAAGUCGGAGGCCGACGCACGGCCGGCGGAAGCGCCCGUUCUGGUCGAAGAGAAGGCCUCAUGA